AUGCGCAAACUGAACACGAGCCAUACACCAUCUGCUCCUGGCCCGGGUACAGGGACAGGCUUGAACGGACUAGUUUACAGUGUUCAGUUAGAAACGAAGUGUUCAAGCAAGACUACAACCAUGUUUCUGUUCCUGAUAAUAAAUGUUGCUAUAAUAUGCAAGUUCACAGGUCCAGCCGAGGCUCAGACAGCACUCGAUACAGACGAGUUGAGGACAAUUAAAAACCAACUAAAUUUGCUGAUGGAAAAAAGACAACAGGAUUACCAGCAGUUGGAAAAAUCGCUUCACGAAUCUCUGAAAGGAAGCACAGACCUCGAUGCGUUGAAAGAAGAAAUUCAAUUAAUCAGGGAUGAACAUGCGAGGAUGGCCCAUUCUGGCAACGAUGGGGUCCGUGAUAAAGUAGCCGUAGGAUGGCUAAAGGAAGUGAUUGGGGGUUUGAGAUCAGAAAUGCAAGCGGUGUGGUCAGCCAUCAACGAAACGGCGCAGAUACACAAGACUGUAGCUAUACAAAACGAUCUGCAAGCACUGAGGAAUGACUUGGAUUCUGAUCGAAAAGACUUGCAAACAAUGCAAGGAGAAUUAAUGUCAGUUAAGAAGAAUGUCGAAGAAAUAUCAACUAAACAUUCCGAAUUGGAGAAAAAGAUUAACACCAUUGCUAAACAUCAAAACAUAAUCGAUAAAAAAAACAACGAAAACGACGUACAAACGGCGUACAGCAACGUUUAUAAACGAGUAGCGUUUGAUGUUGAUGACAACAACAAUAACGCCGAGCGUCUGCAGACGAACGUCAUCACCACUUUGGUGACGGACCGGGAGGCGCAGGAGCUGGAACAGCUGGAAUCGUCACGCAAAUAUCUGGCACACCGGAUGGCCCGUCUGGAGAAGCGCAUGAAAGGCGUGCUUUACCGGGAGAGUGCGGCUAUGGAGCGGGAAAACCGUUUGUCCCGACUGGAGGCUGACCUUAACGCCACCAAGGAAGCGUUGGCAUUUAACGCCACUCGCCAGGAUGCCACACAGGACAGGCUGCACGGGUCCUUGCUGGAGCUGUUGGAAAGCGUGGAAAAUCUUGACGACCGCGUGGACGCGUGUCUGCCGGAAGUGCGCAAGGAAAUAUCAAAAAUAGAAUUCACCGUGGCCCGGAUAAACGCUUCUGUGGCUAUCAUUAAGGAAGACCAAAAUAACCAAAUGUUGACUGCAAAGGCCCUCGGCGAAGGGAUGUCAGUCAUACAGAGAAAAAUGACCAAGUACAACAGUGAAAAACAAAUCGAGAAAAUGGUAUCCACCCCUCAUAUAAAGAAAGAAAAUUGCACGGAAUGUACACAUGCAAUCGACGAAUUGGCCACAUUGCAAAAUUCAUUUGAAAGAAUUGUCGACGGACUUCCCAAAGAUUGUUCUAAAUUGAAGUCCCCGGGAACAUAUCUGAUAGCACCGGAUGGAAAAAACCCUUUGCUCGUUCAAUGCCACAUAUCGGAUGGUAUGUCCUGGAUCACAGUGCAAAAAAGGACCAAUGAUCAUCUCAAAUUCAAUAACAAUUGGAACGAGUAUGCCAAAGGAUUCGGAAACUUAAACGGCGAUUUUUGGCUGGGCAACGACGCUAUCCACCGUUUGACGGCGGACAACGCGUCUUCUCUGCGCGUCCGGAUGACCGACAUAUACGGUAACAAUUGGCGGGCGGACUACUUGAACUUCUCGAUAUCGAACGCCACCGAUGGUUACAGACUGGACAUUUCCGGUUACCGCGGCAACGCCACCGACGCCCUGUCUUUCCAAAACGGCCACCGGUUCAGCACGGCAGACCGCGACCAAGACGCCAGCACGGCAAACUGCGCAGCCAACUACGAGGGUGGCUGGUGGUACUCGCGGUGUCAGCACGCCAAUCUCAACGGCAAGUACAACUUCGGGCUGACGUGGUUCGACACCAGUCGCAACCAAUGGAUGGCGAUCGCCCGGAGCGAGAUGCAAGUCGGACGUCCGGUGUCCACACAAUAA